AUGCGCAAGCUUGUACCACCAAGGGUGGGCGACGAGAUUUUCCCUCGCUGGGUUCAUGCCUUCAAGUUAUACACGUACUCAAGGAAAAAGGAUUUGGCAGGCGAAGUCAAUCAAUUUCGGGAACGUGUGCACCUUUUGCGGGACAUGUGCUCAGAAAUCAAGACUGGGAGCCAGCUGCUUGAAGCAAGCGCAGCAAUUUUCAAGUUGACGAGUCUAACGGAGCAUGAAAGCCAUCUUACAAGGGCGCAGUUCGAAGACCUCAGAAAGCAGAUGUCGGAAAUGGACCAAAAAGGUUGGACUGACCACGACGACAUAACUCAUGGUGAUCGUCUGAGCCAAUCCAGCUCCGAGAGUGAGUUUGAAGCAUUACACGCAGUCCAAAAACCAAGAGAGGCGACCGAAACAAACGAGACAAACGGGAUCUUGUUGCGAAACCGACGUCAACCUCUUGCAGAGCAGGUGAUGGCCUUGGUGAACUCGAACUACAUUAUAGACGCUACAGUGUUGGUCGAAAACUCCACCAAACCUGGCGGCCAACGAUUCAACCAAGCACCCGCCAACGUCCAAUACUAUCCCGGAAGGGUAAAGCUCGACACUGGCUCUGAAGCAGACCUCGCAUCUUUGCAGUAUCUGCUAGAUGCUGGUUUGAACAAAGAUGACCUGACGCCAAUCCCUGUGGCCAAUCAAUGUCAGGUCGAGGGCAUCGGCGGUGCGCUUUUCACUCCACAAUUCGAGGUCGAGCUGAGAUGGUUCCGACACGGAGAGCCGCGAACCAACAAAGACCGUUUCUUGGUUGUAGACCAGGCACCUUUUGAUUUGUUGCUUUCGUCUAGACGCUUCGCUCAAGAGGCGAGACUGAUAUCUCUGCCGCUGAUGCGUCGGAGAAAGCCAAGAGAGGUAAUUGCCAAGGAGCUCCAGGAGGAGAAGAAACGGAUUGAAGCGGCAAAAGCCUUGGAAGAAGAAAAAUACCAACAAGAGAGGGUGAGGAGAAUGGAAAUGGGACGGGUGUCAACCAUUCACACGACACAUGAUGACAACAUAGUCUAG